CCCCCUCAUCUUUCUCCCUCUCCUUUCCCUGUCUCUGUGCUCCCCCCUAGCUGUGGGGCCUUCCCUGCAGGGAGCAGCAGCUGUGGCUCUUUGGGCUUCUAACAAUAGCAGGCCCCGGGGUGGGCUCCUGGGCAGGGACAGGUGAUGUCCCUCUUUGUCCCCCUGCAGCAGCAUGGCUGGGGGUUGACUCCUGGAGUGCCAGGGCUUGGCUCCGCCCUUCAGGAGGGGGCUUUGGGGCCGGGCCAGGCCGGGUCCCACACUCUGAGGGCUCCCCUCUUCUCCUCUGGGCCGUCCUGCGCUCGCCUGGGCUCUGGGCAUGUGGGGGUUAAGACCCCAUUGGGCUCUGGGAUGUCCCUUGCAGGCCAGUCCAAUGCCUCUCCCCUGACACCCAGACCAUCCUGUCUACCAUCCUGCUGGCCCCCUGGCCCGGGCUACCUGGCUCUUCCCCGACCCCCAGCCUUUUUCCCUCUACCCUCCACCCCCACUGCACCCCCGUCUACAGCUGCACUUGGUAUCGUCCGUGCCGGCUCCAGAGCCGUCCUCCGGGACUGACUGCAGCCUCACCCGGGCAGGCGGGCGGGUGGGCAACAGCUCCUGUGAGGGGUGCACACCGCCGUCAGGGGCCUGGCUCGGGGCUGCCAGAUUUCUGCAGAGGCACGGGGCGGGCUGGGCCCCCCCCCACUGCAAUCUGCCCGCUCCCUGCCGGGCCCUCCCCCCUGCCUCAAGCACUUUCCACUCGACCUGCGCACCUCCAUGGAUGGCAAAUGCAAGGAGAUUGCUGAGGAACUGUUCAGCCGCUCCCUCGCCGAGAGCGAGCUUCGCAGCGCCCCGUAUGAGUUCCCAGAGGAGAGCCCCAUAGAACAGCUGGAGGAGAGGCGCCAGCGGCUGGAGAGGCAGAUCAGCCAGGACGUCAAGUUGGAACCAGAUAUUCUGCUCAGGGCCAAGCAAGACUUUCUGAAGACAGACAGUGAUUCAGACCUCCAGUUGUACAAGGAGCAGAGCGAAGCUCAGGGCGACCGUGGCCCCAGGGAGCGAGAUGGACACCUGGAACGAGAGUUUCAGAGGGUCUCCAUCUCUGGGGAGGAGAAGUGUGGGGUGCCGUUCACCGACCUGCUGGACGCAGCUAAGAGUGUGGUGCGGGCGCUCUUCAUCCGAGAGAAGUACAUGGCCCUGGCCCUUCAGAGUUUCUGCCCCACCACUCGGCGCUUCCUCCAGCAGCUGGCCGAGAAGCCCCUGGAGACCAGGGCCUUUGAGCAGGGCCCGGAGACCCCCGUGGCUGCUGAUGCCCCGGUCCACCCCCCGGUGCUAGAGCAGCACCCUUACGACCACUGUGAGCCUGCUGCCAUGCCUGGGGACCUGGGCUUUGGGCUCCGCAUGGUCCGGGGAGUCGUCCACGUCUACCUGAAAAGGGAUCCCGAGGAACAGAACUCGGAGCUGGAGCUGCCCUAUCCCGACCUCCAGGAGUUUGUAGCCGAUGUCAACGUGCUCAUGGCGCUCAUCAUCAAUGGCCCCAUAAAGUCUUUCUGCUACCGGCGGCUGCAGUACCUGAGCUCCAAGUUCCAGAUGCACGUGCUGCUCAACGAGAUGAAGGAGCUGGCCGCGCAGAAGAAGGUGCCCCACCGGGACUUCUACAACAUCCGGAAGGUGGACACCCACAUCCACGCCUCAUCGUGCAUGAACCAGAAGCAUCUCCUUCGCUUCAUCAAGAGGGCCAUGAAGAGGCAUCUGGAGGAGAUCGUCCAUGUGGAGCAGGGCCGGGAGCAGACGCUUCGGGAGGUCUUCCAGAGCAUGAACCUCACGGCCUACGACCUGAGUGUGGACACGCUUGACGUGCAUGCGGACCGGAACACCUUCCAUCGAUUCGACAAGUUCAAUGCCAAGUACAACCCCAUUGGGGAGUCCGUCCUUCGAGAGAUCUUCAUCAAAACAGACAACAGGGUCUCGGGGAAAUACUUUGCCCACAUCAUCAAGGAGGUGAUGUCAGACCUGGAGGAGAGCAAGUACCAGAACGCAGAGCUGCGUCUCUCCGUGUACGGGCGCUCUCGAGACGAGUGGGACAAGCUGGCCCGCUGGGCCGUGGGGCAUCGCGUGCAUUCACCCAACGUGCGCUGGCUGGUGCAGGUGCCCCGACUUUUUGAUGUCUAUCGCACCAAAGGCCAGCUAGCCAACUUCCAGGAGAUGCUGGAGAACAUCUUCCUCCCCCUCUUUGAGGCCACUAUCCACCCCGCCAGCCACCCGGAGCUGCAUCUCUUCUUGGAACAUGUGGAUGGCUUUGACAGCGUGGAUGACGAGUCGAAGCCUGAGAACCAUGUGUUCAAUCUGGAAAGCCCACUGCCGGAGGCCUGGGUGGAGGAAGACAACCCUCCCUACUCCUACUACCUGUACUACACCUACGCCAACAUGGCGGUGCUCAACCACCUGCGCAGACAGCGGGGUUUUCACACCUUUGUGCUCCGGCCCCACUGUGGAGAGGCUGGACCCAUCCAUCACCUGGUGUCCGCCUUCAUGCUGGCCGAGAACAUCUCCCAUGGACUGUUGCUUCGAAAGGCUCCAGUCCUGCAGUACCUGUAUUACCUGGCUCAGAUCGGCAUUGCCAUGUCUCCACUCAGCAACAACAGCUUGUUUCUCAGCUACCACCGUAACCCACUGCCCGAGUACCUGUCCCGGGGGCUCAUGGUCUCGCUGUCCACCGAUGACCCCCUGCAGUUUCAUUUCACCAAGGAGCCUCUGAUGGAGGAGUACAGCAUCGCCACUCAGGUGUGGAAGCUGAGCUCCUGUGACAUGUGCGAGCUGGCCCGAAACAGUGUCCUCAUGAGCGGCUUCUCCCACAAGGUGAAGAGCCACUGGCUGGGGCCCAAUUACACCAAAGAGGGGCCCGAGGGCAACGACAUCCGCCGUACCAACGUGCCGGACAUCCGUGUGGGCUACCGCCAUGAGACGCUGUGCCAGGAGCUGGCCCUCAUCACGCAGGCGGUGCAGAGCGAGAUGCUGGAGCCCAUCCCCGAAGAGGCCGGCCUCACCAUGAGCCCCGGGCCUCACUGAGCCUCAGUGGGCCCUCUGCCAAUACCUCGGUGCGGUCUCCCCCUCUGUCCCUCCCGCUUCUCUUCUGCCCCCUCUCCUCUGUCUCUCUCCCUCCUCUGUCGGAUUCCGUCCCCGAGUGUCUCUGCUCUUCUGCAUGUCUCUCCUGUCUGUCUUCUGGUCAAGUCGGAGGAGGGGACUUCUGGCUGGACACAGAAGGCCGUUGGGCCCAGAGACUUCUCUUUGAAUUAUGCACAGGGCUGGGCACCGGAGGCGCCCUUUGGGUGGCAGGGCCUCAGGCGUCCCCAUCAUUCCCAGGGGCGUUUGGAGCCCUGUAGCCGGGCAGGGAGUGACCAGCACCCACGUUCUGUCCGUGACAAUGGGGGUUUCUGGAGGCCUGUCCCACCGUGGGCAGUUGGGUUUUCUGGAGCUUCUCGGCUAUAGAGGAUAGGUGCUACUGGUCCCAUGCCCACAGAUGCUCAGCCAGGGCCCGAGCAUUGGCACGAUCUGGCCUAAAUGGGCCUCUUUGUCUUGGCCAAGGCGAGGACGUUCCGAGUCUUGUUGGAAGAGCAGGGGGUGGCUGUGGCGUGGAUGAGGGCCGAGGCCUGUCCAGUUGUGGAGCUGGGCAGGCUCCCUUCUUCUCAGAUUGCUGUGGCCUUCACAUAGCUGUGGUAGGGUAGGGGGAAGAGAAGGCUGAGGACCUGGCUCACCUUUUAGAAACAGGUCAGGGGCCCAGAGCUGGCGCCGCACAGCUAGACAAGCCCAAGCUGUAGCUUUCUGUGCCACUGUAGGAGAGGAGGAGGGCCCCGCCUCAGCCCACACACCGGGCAGCCGGGGAAGGAAGGAGCCCAGGGACACCCAGGUGGCCUUGGAGAGAGACUCCCUGGGUGGAUCCCCCUUCUCGCCUCUCCUCUCCCUACCCCCGUUGGUGUUGUUGUCACUGGCCAAUCUGGAACUGUGUUUUGCAUAGCUGUGAAAUUUCAAACCAGUCCGUCUCUUUAGCAUGUAAAAAAAAAUAAUAAAGAUUAUUUAAGUAA